UAAUAACAGAACUGAACAGAACUGCGCUUCUAAACUCUGGUGCUAUGUCGGAAAAUGUGUUUUUCUUCUAAGAUUUUUCUUAAUUUAUUUUUUCGGUGAUCUGUUUAGUCCAGCUUUCCAAACUUGAUUACGUAUUCGCAGUGUUUAUUAAGCACAUCAACUCCUUUCUUUGCGCCCGUAAGUUCUCUUGAAAGCAUCGAUUGGUUCAGCACAUAAGAAGCUUUAUCGGUCAUUGGUAGAAUUCAAAGAACGGCAAAAUGAUUAAUUGGACUGCAAAAUUAAUGGUGCUCUUGUCUAUUGGCUUUGUAAAAUGUUGUCAAGAAGAACUGUGCGCCAGUGUUGUCAGCAAAUGUAUUUUAUUAAAAUCAUGUGAAUGUGACAUGAAAGAAAUAGCGUGUCGCAAAGAAUGUAUCAGCUGCUUGGGUGAUUACCAUGGUGAAUGUUGCUCAUGCGUGGGAAUGUGCUCAUCUGAUGAAGCAGAAGAUUCCCUACCCAGUAAUGUAGGAGAACUAGCCGAGUCUGUUCCAUCUCUCUUCGAAGCUUUAACAGUAGAUGAAGACCCACUUCAUCGUUGGCAUACUUUUUCAUUUCCGGUGUUCUAUGACGUCACAUUCUCAGGAUCUCAGUUGGAUGAUAAAGUAAAAUAUAUCUCUGACUCAGAAGAGGAAGAAAAAUCAAAGAUUGAGGGAGGUUUAAUCACUCAAAACUGCACUGUUGUUUUUAAGUCCCAGUGCAUGUCAUGGCACAAGUGCAGAGUAUCCUGUCAGUCGAUGGGUGCUGCCAGUUAUAGAUGGUUUCAUGAUGGCUGUUGUGAAUGUAUCGGUGAAAACUGCCCUAAUUAUGGCAUCAAUGAAAACAGAUGUGAAAGUUGUCCCAUUACUAAAAUCACAGGCUAUGAAGAGAACAAAUUGGACUUUGGAGAAACUUUAGACUACUAACUGACUGUUUCCUGAAAUAUGCAAGGAGUGCUCAAUCUUUUGAUGAAGAAUUAUUGCCAACUGAAAUGAAAAAUUAUUUUCUGGUGUCAACAUUCUAAAUCUCCCUUUACAGGAGGUCAAUCUUGACUGGAGAUAACUCCCCAAAAAUGUUUCUCUUUUUUUAUCAUAUUGUUUGAAUCAAAAAGGAACAAAUAUUAUGAACAACUGGAGACUGAAAAAUCAAAGCAUAUCAUGAGAAUUAUGCAAAGUAAGUAUUAACAAAAUUUGUAAGAUGAUAGGGAUAAAUUCGGCCUCCUUGGAGGCCGAAAUCUCCACAAUUUUCGGUUGAAUUGUCACUUUCCGCGAUUCUUUUUUCAUCAUCGCACCUUUUUUCGUUGUCAUUCUCUCCGUCAUCUGACGAACUUUCUGGCCGGACUGAGGUAACGGCCCGCAAAAGCAGAUACAGUGCUGUACGUUGUACUCGAGUCCUUCCUUUGUUGCCAUAAUGUCUUUUUAAAUACAAGUGUUAGUGAGACUUUACUUUUUGCUGUGCAAAGCAGUUGCGAAUUUUGCACAUCCCUCUAAAACAUUCAUGUUUUGCAGUGCCAUUUUACUUUUCACAUAAUUUAAGCCUCUGUUCUGAAUAAGGACGUUUAUAACUUUCAAAAAAAAUCUCCCUCUGUUUUUGAAUCUUGUUACUAUUUAAUCUAUUGAGACAAUGACACCUCUUCAUUGAAUUCAGUGGAAAUAGAAGAUUUAAGUUUGAAGUUAAACUGAAAGGACAGUACUUAAAAAGGUCAUGAGCAACACAAAUCAAGCUCAGGUUUCAUGGCGGGGCCUGAAAUACAAAAACGGAAAGAUUGAGAGGGGCCUGAAACUAUGGGAAAAGAGGAGGUAUUAUCCAUCAAAGCAAUGUUUUCAAUUUUAAAAGCACCCACUCUAUCUACUUUCAAGAAGGGGAUUUUGAAAAAAUUGUUCUCAUUUUGCUUACACCUUUUCCCUCUGAUAGCAGAUCAUUUGAAAAACUGUGCCUCUACCUCUAAUUUUCAUAUUAUCUCGAUGAGAGAGAUAACCAUCCAAUUUGACUAUCUCCUCUUAGAUGAUUGACUCAAUUAACUUUUUCCUCCUCUGUGUCUGUAUGUUAUGUGUGAGAGGGUAAGCCUGUAUGUGUGUUUCUGUCAAGUCUUCAAUUAUGAAAUUGUCUAAAGCUUUUGAAACCUCUCAUUUAUUUUAGAGUGUAAGCAGUCAGUAUUUUUGUACAGUUCUCUUUUUUUCAAUACCUGAAAUUAUCGUUAAAGCAACCGAAUGUUCCUUACAGACAGUGAAUUUCUAAUGUUUCAAUACUUAAAUUAAGUAAAUUAGACCGAGCUCUGUAAGACGCAAAAGCUGAGAUUAUAUUGUCAUGUAGAUUAUGAUAAAUCUCUCUACCUUUUUUUUCUCACAGGAGACAAUAAUGAUAGGGAAUAUUCAUUUAUGCGUCUCUAUUCUAUUUUUUUAUACUCCAUUUUAAUUUUGCACUCCGUCGAUGUUUAUUGAAAACAUUUUAACAAUUUGAGACUGAAUAACAUUGAAAUGAAAUGUUACUACAUAUUAAGAAAAGGUAUUUACUUUGACUCUCCUUUGCUUCUUCACCAUUUUUUUUAGUCCUGGAAACCUUGAUAGUAUUGUGUCCCAUAAAUGAGUUGAUAUCUUAAUUUAAUUAGUCAGGGGGCAGUUUUGCUGUUGACAGAAGUACUCAGUAAUGAUCAACUUUCACCAUUAGAAUCUGUCAGUAUACCAAGUUUAAGUCUUAUAUUAGUGGAGAUAUUGUCCAUUGAUUACCUCUUUUAUCAUUCUCUUAGGGAGGUGUAUCUGAUAUUACAACUCAAAAGAACCAGGGUUCAGAUGAAGCUAAUCUUUUGUUGCGCAUCAAUACAAUUCAACAGUAAAAAUGUCUUUCUAUGGCAUACAAAACUGUUCGCUUUUUCCAGGCCUGCAAAAGAAUUUUUGCUAACGAAAGUCUUUUUCUUUGACCAACUUAUGCUCUCUAAUAGAAUUACCAAGUUCAGCCUAAUAGGCUGACCAUUAUUUAAUCGAAUGCAUAUCGAUGAAUUCACUGAUAGAUUUUCCAUCUUCAGUUUCUGACAAAAUUGAACUCAACCUCAAAGAUAGCUUCUUGGAGAGUCUUAGGAUCAGAAACUCAUCUUGUUCACAGUAUUAUCCUCUCAUGUCAGUUAGAUUUCAUAAUUUUGUGUUACUUGAAGUGAGGUACCUUUGUUAUUUGCCAUGUAAAGCACCUGUGCCUUAUUCAUUUUUGUGAUGUAUCAUGAAAUUAAUUUUAAAUAUAACAAUUUAUAUGUAUUUUUUCUAUA